ACCGCCUGCAUUCAUCCUCCUGCAACCAUGCGAGUGCCCCUGGCGAGCUUGCUCGUCUGCACCCUCGUCCUGAGCCUCUCCCAGGGCAGCCAUGGGGUUCACAGAAGGUCCCGUUCAAUGAAAUGUGCCUGUCUGAAUGGAGGCACCUGUGUGUCCUACAAAUACUUCUCCAACAUUUAUCGCUGCAACUGCCCGAGCAAAUUCGAAGGGGAAUACUGUGAGAUAGAUACCUCAAAAACCUGUUACGAGGGCAAUGGCCACGCUUACCGAGGGAAGGCCAACACUGAUGCACAGGGCAAGCCCUGCCUGGCCUGGAAUUCUGCGGCGGUCCUGAAAAACACAUUCCAUGCCCACAGACAAGAUGCCAUGCAGCUGGGUCUGGGGAAACACAAUUAUUGCAGGAACCCCGACAACCAGAGGCGGCCCUGGUGUUAUGUGCAGGUGGGCUUCAAGCAGUUCGUGCAUGAGUGUAGGGUGCGUGAUUGCUCCAAUGGUGAGUACCACUGGCCUGUCACUCCACAGGAAGGGUCAUUCUCAACUACCCCCAAGCAGUCUGAGUUCCAGUGCGGCCAGAAAGCUCUGAGACCUCGCUUUAAGAUCAUUGGAGGGGAGACUACCUACAUUGAGAACCAGCCAUGGUUCGCCGCCAUCUAUCGCAGGCACCGCGGAGGCUCCGUCACCUAUGUGUGUGGUGGCAGUCUUAUUGGUCCCUGCUGGGUGGCCAGUGCCACACACUGCUUCAUCAAUCACCCAAAGGGGGAAGACUACAUGGUCUACCUGGGCCGCUCCACACUCAAUACCAAGACCCCUGGCGAGGCCAAGUUCGAGGUGGAGGAGCUGAUCCUGCAUGAGAACUACAGCGCCAUCACAUGGGCGCACCACAAUGACAUUGCCUUGCUGAAGAUCAGGUCUAGCAUGGGCCAGUGCGCUCAGCCAUCACGCUCCAUUCAGACCAUCUGCCUGCCCCCAGUGUACGGUGAUGCCCGCUUUGGAGCAAGCUGCGAGAUCACCGGCUUUGGCAAAGAAGAUCCUGCCGACUAUCUGUACUCAGAGCACCUCAAGAUGACAUUAGUGACGUUGGUCUCGCACCGGGAGUGUCAGCAGCCGCACUACUAUGGCUCUGAGGUCACCUCCAAGAUGCUGUGUGCUGCUGACCCACAGUGGACAACAGACUCCUGCCAGGGAGACUCUGGGGGCCCACUGGUCUGUUCUGUUCAAGGCCGCCUGACUCUGACCGGCAUUGUGAGCUGGGGGAGAGGGUGUGCCAUGAAAGACAAGCCGGGAGUCUACACCAGAGUGUCACGCUUCCUGUCCUGGAUCCACACUCACACUGGGGGCGAGCUUGGCUUGGCCUCUGAGGAAGACACGGUCCAUCUCUCCACUUACAGUGCUCACAGGAGGCACCUUGCCACCAGUUUGAGACACUGAGGAAGGCCGACUGCAGACCUCAGCGGGAUGGAUGAAUGGUUUGGUCUGUGCGGCCUUAAGACAGCGACAUUCGCUUUACCCCCAGACCCAAGGCUUGGGUGCUGGUCACCUGGCUCAGUCGGAGGGACAGCCCAGACCCAGGAGGGUUUGGGCCUUUCUCGGGGGUUAGACAAGUGGCAUCUCCUGGCCCCAGGAGGAAGAAGAGGAGCCAGCUUCCCCCCCAUACAGGGUUUUCUUGGUCCACUGUUGGGAAAUGAGUCAUUUCCCAACUAGGAAGUGUAACAGCUGAGAUCUCAUGAGCGGGUUCCACCAUUGUGGGAACAACUGUUGUGGGGCAGAGAAACCCGAAGGACAUGAGGGAAGGGCUCUGACAUUCCAUGAAUGUGUCGGGAAAUAUAUGUGUCUUUAUACACUGGUGCACAGGCAGGCUGUGUCCUUGUGGGGAGGAGCUGGUGUGGCCCAGCAUGAGGGCUCAUUUCCCUCCACCGUGAGAACUAUGGAGCUGUCCAGAGGCCUGACUGGAGAAAUCAAGAGGUCAGUGCGGGUCAGUCAGAGCUGCAGCAGGCGACCUGCACUUGCACCUAUCCUACUACACCCAUGGCCCUGCUCUGUGGCCAGUUAUUGCUUCAGAUUUCCCAGUCCAGUUCAUGCCACCCUCACCAAGUGAGUGAGGGCCACUCCUAAACACUGAAUAUUUAAUAAAUAUACCCACUGUUUUUAUUUAUAUCUAUUUUUUAUAAUUUUGAAUAAAGGCAAUCAAUAAAAGGUGA